AUGUGGACUCCAAGACUUUCCGCAGCGACCCCUUUGGAGAAGGCAAAUGAAAAGCCAGAGAACUCCUACGGCUACUUCCAUGGACACAACUGCUGUUUACCGAAAGACAAAGUCACCAGCCAUGAAAUAAUAUGUGGUCGUUUUAAACGGGUUUUAGUGGAUCUUAUGACUGUAAACAUAAGCGAUACUAGGUCUCGACGGAUGUACAAGUCAUAUUCUGCACUUUGUGCUGUAAAAUAUCUUCAAUUUAAAGAAUAUCCCUGGACCAUUCAUCCGUUUAGUAAAUUCAGAUUAUAUAUGGAGGCUUUUAUUGUGUCUUUGAUUAUGAUAUCCGAUAUACUACUCACUGUCCAUUUCUCUCGACCUGAUCCACGUGAAUAUGGUCUAGAAGGAUACUGCUUACUAUGUCUCGAUAUAACUUACCUAUUAUGUAAAAUGACGAACUUCUUUACGGGCUACAUUGUUGGAGAUACCUGUCCUGAAGUAAUAUUAGAUGUGAAACGUAUUGUUCCCAAAUAUUUCACUUCUUGGUUCAUACCAGACAUGAGCUCUGUUUCAAACGUCUUUCUCAAAGCGUUUGGCUAUGAAAGUGUUUAUUUCGAGCAACUGUUAACAUCGUUGAAGAUAAUACGGGUCCUCAAACUCUUUUAUCAUGUGAACAAUUUGAGUGAUGCCUUUAAACUAAAGCUAGCAUGGAACACGGCGAUAGAAAUUACCCUGCUUAUUGUAAUUUAUUUAAUCUGGAAUAUGUUUAUGCAAUUUGCUGUUGAAUAUAUGUACGAGGACUCUUAUACCCCAGAAAAACCCAAAGAUUGUUCUUGGAUUACGAUGGGAAAUCUCUGGAAUAAAGAAUUAACAACCAGAUUCGUAUAUUCAAUGGAUAGAGCAGUUGGUAUGCUGAGGGGAAAUGCAAAUAUACACAUCCUUGAGAAAGAAGGAUGUGUUAAAACGUUUCUCAUUGUUGCAUGGUUCAUUUCUCAGGUAUUACUAUUACAUUGCGGAUUUAAAUAUCUUAUUACAUUAUUUGGGACGGAAUCAGCCCGAGCUCAAUACUUCAUGAUGGCGAAACAAGUCGAAAUGUACUUGGAUCAGAAGAAAUUUCCAACGAGAAUUAAAAACAAAGUCCUCAGGUUUUACGCGAUUGGAUUUCAGUCACAUUUCUUCGCAGAAUAUCGUAUGAUGUCCUGUGUGUCUGGUCAACUCCGUGAAGACAUAAUCAUGCACACAGGGAGACAACUAGUACGAGAUGUGGCAUUCCUGAAGCAGCUACCUGGAUCACUGCUGUUUCAAAUUGGGAGUAAACUCAGAAUUGUUAUGUUUAUUGCUGGUGAUAUUAUCAUGAAAAUCAAAACUAUAGGAGAUUGCCUAUACUUUAUUCACAAAGGUACUGUAGCGAUAUAUUGCGAGUCAGGCAAGGAAGUGUGUCAUUUGGAAGACGGCGAUUUCUUUGGAGAAAUCGCGCUAGUAAUGAGUCACAGACUGCGAACCGCCUCCGCUGUGGCUGUAACGAAUUGUGAACUGUUUCGAUUGGACAGAGAGGAUUUUGAAAGUUACGUUGCCUGCUACCCCACUGUGUAUGAGGACAUCAAAAAGUUGGCAACUAACAGAUAUGAGCAGUCCAAAAUGUUGGAUGACCACCAUAAAACAGAGUUGAACAUGAAGAAGAGCAGAAAGGUCGAAUUGGAAUGA